UCCACUUCCUAUGCAUGAUGGAAUGAAAUGAAGCUGUGGCUGACUGCAGACUUGUGUUCCAUUCAUUUAACAGUACCUUUCAUUCCUGGAAUCUCAUGUGCUAAGCCUCCUCUCUUGGAAACACUAGCACAUUUUUGAUUUUGCAUCUUAAAAUAUCAUUAAGCUUAAGUUUGAAGAAUUUGACCUGGAAAGAGGUUAUGACACCUUGACUGUAGGAGACGGAGGCAAAGUAGGAGAUACCAGGACAGUGUUGUAUGCGCUUACUGGUUCAAGUGUCCCUGACUUGAUCGUUAGCAUGAGCAAUCAAAUGUGGCUGCAUUUACAGUCCGAUGAAACCAUUGGAUCACUGGGAUUUAAGGCUGUGUAUCAAGAGAUCGAAAAAGGAAGUUGUGGUGACCCUGGUGUUCCUGCUUAUGGCAAAAGAAGUGGGGACAGUUUUUUACAUGGUGACGCAUUGACAUUUGAAUGCCAAUCAGCUUUUGAACUAGUGGGAGAGCAGAAAAUUACAUGCCAACAAAACAAUCAGUGGUCUGGUAACAAACCGAGCUGUGUCUUCUCCUGCUUCUUCAAUUUUACUGCACCAUCUGGAAUUGUGCUCUCGCCAAACUACCCGGAGGAGUAUGGCAACAAUAUGAACUGCGUGUGGCUGAUCAUUGCAGAACCAGCGAGCAGGAUUCACCUGAUCUUUAAAGAUUUUGACAUUGAGCCUCAGUUCGAUUACCUUACAAUAAAGGAUGAUGGGACGGCCGACUCUACCAUUUUAGGAACUUUCUCUGGUGAUGAUGUGCCAUCGCAACUGGCCAGUAACGGGCAUAUCACCCGCCUAGAAUUCCAGUCAGAUCACUCCACUACGGGCCGGGGCUUCAACAUCACAUACACAACUUUUGGCCAAAAUGAAUGUCAUGACCCUGGUAUUCCAGUCAAUGGAAGACGGUUUGGCGAUAUUUUCCUGUUGGGAAGUUCUGUGUCUUUUCACUGUGAUGAAGGCUUUAUUAAAACCCAAGGAUCUGAGACCAUAACCUGCAUUAUACAGGAAGGGAAUGUCAUCUGGAAUUCUGCUGUCCCACGAUGUGAAGCACCAUGUGGUGGCCAUUUGACAGCACCUAGCGGUGUAAUUCUAUCUCCGGGAUGGCCAGGAUAUUACAAGGAUUCACUGAACUGUGAAUGGGUGAUUGAAGCAGAACUACGACAUUCUAUCAAAAUAACAUUUGACAGGUUUCAAACUGAAGUUAAUUAUGACACAUUAGAAAUACGGGAUGGACCUGUUAAUUCAUCACCUUUAAUCGGAGAAUACCAUGGUACUCAAGCACCGCAGUUUCUGAUCAGCACUGGCAAUUACAUGUACCUUCUGUUAACGACUGACAACAGCCGUUCAAGUGUUGGUUUUCAGAUUCGCUAUGCAAGUAUUACCUUGGAAUUAGAUUCUUGCUUAGACCCAGGAAUUCCUGUAAAUGGUCGGCGACAUGGAAACAACUUUUCUAUUGGGUCAACAGUGACUUUCAGUUGUUGCCCAGGCUACACGUUAAGUGAUAAAGAGCCCCUAAUAUGUGAAAAUAACCGUCAAUGGAACCAUGCCUUACCAAGCUGUGAAGCUUUCUGUGGUGGCUACGUUCAUGGCACAAGUGGAACUAUUCUAUCUCCUGGGUUUCCUGAUUUUUACCCUAAUUCUUUAAAUUGUACUUGGAUAAUUGAAGUAUCGCAUGGAAAAGGUGUACAAUUGGUGUUUCAUACAUUCCACCUUGAGAGCUCUCAUGACUAUUUAAUUAUCACAGAAGACGGGAGUUUCACAGAACCUGUAGCAAGGCUCACAGGUUCUGCCCUGCCUCCAACCAUCACUGCAGGCCUGUUUGGGAAUUAUACUGCACAAUUACGCUUCAUCUCUGACUUUUCAGUAUCUUACGAGGGGUUCAACAUCACAUUCUCAGAGUAUGAGUUGGAGCCUUGCGAUGAUCCUGGUGUCCCUGCUUUCAGUAGGAGAAUUGGUUUUCAGUUUGAAGUUGGAGAUUCGUUGACAUUUUCCUGUUUUCCUGGAUACAGACUAGAAGGUGCUACUCAGAUCACCUGUUAUGGAGGAGGACGGCAUGUAUGGAGUGCACCUCUUCCAAGGUGUGUGGCUGAAUGCGGAGCCUCUGUAACAGCGACGGAAGGCACACUGUUGUCACCAAAUUACCCAGCCAACUAUGAGAACAAUCAUGAAUGCAUCUAUAGAAUUGAGACUCAGCCAGGGAAGGGGAUCCAUCUUCGAGCCAGGAUGUUUAAACUUCAGCAGGGUGAUGUUGUCAAGGUGUAUGAUGGACGAGACAACACCUUUCGGUGCCUUGGGGCUUUUACCGAAUCUGAAUUGCUGGGAGUUGUCUUAAAUAGCACAUCAAACCACAUGUGGCUAGAGUUUAAUACCAAUGCAACUGGGACUGAUCAUGGAUUUGAGCUUACAUAUACAAGCUUCGAUCUGAUGAAGUGUGAGGAUCCAGGAAUUCCUAAUUAUGGCUACAAAUUGCGAGAUGGAGGGCACUUCGCUGACACCGUUAUCUUGUACAGUUGCAACCCAGGAUAUACACUGCAUGGAAGCAAUACAUUGACCUGUCUGAGUGGAGAUCGCAGAGUAUGGGACAACCCUUUGCCAUCGUGCAUAGCUGAGUGUGGAGGCCACUUUAAAAGCGCUACUGCUGGGAGAAUUCUCUCCCCUGGCUACCCAGCACCAUAUGAUCACAAUGUCCACUGUACUUGGAUUAUAGCAGCUGAUCCAGGAAAAACAGUCAGCCUUCAUUUUAUUGUCUUUGACACUGAGGCAUCGCAUGAUAUCCUGAAAGUGUGGGAUGGGCUAAUAGAAAGUGAUAUGCCGCUGAAGGAGUGGAGCGGCUCCUCGCUACCUGAUGACAUCUACAGCACAUUUAAUUCCAUCACACUCCAGUUUGACACUGACUUCUUCAUCAGCAAGUCGGGCUUCUCUAUCCAGUUUUCAACUUCGACAGCCACUACAUGCAAUGAUGCUGGAGUUCCACAGAAUGGUACCAGAAGUGGGGACAGCAGAGAGCCUGGAGAUACUGUGACUUUCCAGUGUGACCCGGGUUAUCAGUUGCAAGGAACUGCUAAAAUCAUGUGCGUGCAGGUGGAUAAUAGAUUCUUCUGGCAACCUGAUCCUCCAACAUGUACAGCUGCCUGUGGAGGUAAUCUGACAGGCCCUGCGGGUGUCAUUUUAUCGCCUAACUACCCUCAACCAUAUCCUCAUGGGAAGGAAUGUGACUGGAGAAUUCAAGUCAAUCCGGACUAUGUCAUAGCACUAAUAUUUAAAAGUUUCCAUAUGGAGCCCAGUUAUGAUUUUCUUCAUAUCUAUGAAGGGGAAGAUUCCAAUAGUCCUCUAAUUGGCAGCUUUCAAGGAUCACAGUCCCCCGAGAGAAUAGAGAGCAGUGGUAAUAGCCUUUUCCUGGCCUUUCGUAGCGAUGCCUCUGUCAGCAUGGCAGGAUUUGCCAUUGAUUAUAAAGGUACUAGUCUCCUCACUAUCUGCUUAAAAAAACCACGGGAAGCGUGUUUUGACCCUGGAAACAUAAUGAAUGGUACACGUAUUGGCUUGGAUUUUAAACUUGGUUCCACUGUUACCUAUCAUUGUGAUCCUGGCUACCAAUUAGCAAAUGUUGCUACAAUCACAUGCAUCAUUGGGGAAGAUGGGAAGCCAGUCUGGAAUCGAGCUCUUCCUUCUUGUAACGCUCCGUGUGGAGGACAGCACACUGGAUCUCAAGGAGUAGUUCUUUCACCUAAUUAUCCUUACAAUUAUACAAGUGGCCAGACAUGUCUGUACUCCAUCACAGUGCCCAAGGAGUUUGUGGUUUUUGGACAAUUUGCACAUUUUCAGACAGCAGUCAAUGAUAUGGUGGAGCUGUUUGAUGGACACAGUCAGCAAGCCAGGCUUCUCAGUUCCCUAUCGGGAUCACACUCCGGAGAGACCUUGCCUCUGGCCACAUCAAACCAGAUUUUGCUCAGGUUCAGUGCUAAGAGUGGAGCGUCAUCCAGAGGUUUUCACUUUGUUUAUCAAGCUGUUCCUCGUACUAGUGCCACCCAGUGCAGCUCUGUUCCUGAGCCCAGAUAUGGCCGAAGAAUAGGUUCAGAGUUUUCUGCAGGUUCUGUUGUUCGCUUUGAAUGCAAUUCUGGAUAUCAUCUCCAAGGCUCAAAGGCUAUUCGAUGUCAGGCUGUACCUAAUGGGUUGGCACAGUGGAAUGAUACAAUACCAAGCUGUGUAGUACCUUGUCGUGGAAAUCUGACAGACCGUAGAGGCACCAUCCUCUCGCCAGGCUACCCAGAGCCGUAUGGUAACAGCUUGAAUUGUGUAUGGAAAAUCACGGUAACCGAGGGAGCAGGAAUCCAGAUUCAAGUGAUAACCUUUGCCACAGAGCAUAACUGGGACUCCUUGGAAAUAUAUGAUGGUGGAGAUGCAACUGCGCCAAGACUUGGGAGCUUCUCAGGUACCACAGUUCCUGCCUUGUUGAACAGCACCUCCAAUCAGCUCUACCUGCACUUUCAUUCUGACAUCAGUGUGGCAGCAGCUGGCUAUCAUUUGGAAUACAAAACUGUUGGCCUUACAACCUGCCCUGACCCGGUGGUUCCUAGCAACGGCAUAAAGAUUGGAGAUAGAUACUUUGUUAAUGAUGUGGUGUCUUUUAGCUGUGAGUCUGGCUACACACUGCAGGGACAAGCCCAUGUUUCUUGUAUGCCUGGAACUGUUCGCCGUUGGAACUACCCGUCUCCAAUUUGCAUUGCUAGAUGUGGAGGGAUAUUGACUGACAUGAACAAUGUCAUCCUAAGUCCUGGAUUUCCUGGAAACUAUCCAAGCAACUUGGAUUGUUCGUGGAAGAUUUUAUUACCCAUUGGAUAUGGUGCUGUGAUUCAAUUCCUGAAUUUUUCAACUGAAGCCAAUCAUGAUUUUUUGGAGAUUCGAAAUGGACCGCAUUACACUAGUUCUUUAAUUGGACGAUUCAGCGGGGUAGAUCUCCCACCUGUGCUACUCAGUACCACUCACGAUACCAUCAUCCAUUUCUACAGUGAUCACUCAGAGAACAAACAAGGAUUCAAACUUACCUACCAAGCUUAUGAACUUCAAAGCUGCCCUGAUCCACAACCGUUUCAAAAUGGCUUCAUCAUCAAUUCUGAUUAUAGCGUGGGACAGUCUAUAUCAUUUGAAUGCUACCCUGGGUACGUUCUGAUUGGGCAGCAUGUUCUCACCUGCCAUCAUGGGAUCAACAGGAACUGGAAUCACCCAUUCCCAAAAUGUGAAGCUCCCUGCAGCCUCAAUGUAACAUCUCAGAAUGGCACCAUCUACUCUCCUGGGUUUCCCAACGAGUACCCAAAUUCAAAGGAUUGUAGCUGGCUAAUUACAGUACCUUCAGGACAUGGGGUUUAUAUCAACUUCACUCUGCUCCAGACAGAACCCGUGAAUGACUACAUAGCUGUAUGGGAUGGACCUGACCAGACUGCUCCACAGUUAGGCGUUUUCAGUGGCAAUACAGCUCUGGAAUCAGCUUACAGCUCCACCAAUCAGGUUCUUAUCAAGUUUCACAGUGACUUCUCCGGAGGGGGAUUCUUUGUCCUCAAUUUUCACGCCUAUUGGCUCAAGAAGUGUCAGCAACCCCCGGUUGUUCCUUUGGCUGCAGUACUGACUGAGGAUGAAGACUAUGAAAUAGGUGAUAUUGUCAAGUACCAGUGCCCCCCUGGAUUCACGCUUGUUGGCAGUGACCUCAUGACUUGCAGAUUAUCAGCAAAAUUGCAGUUUGAAGGGAACCCUCCAUCUUGUGAAGCACAGUGCCCUGUAAAUGAAAUUCGCAAAGCCUCAUCGGGAGUCAUUUUCAGUCCAGGAUAUCCAGAAAAUUAUCCUAAUUUCCAAACCUGUUCCUGGACGAUUCGAGUAGAACCGCGGUACAAUAUUUCUCUUCAUGUGGAGAUGUUUCAAAGUGAAAAACAGUUUGAUGAGCUGAGCAUAUUUGAUGGACCCACAGGUCAAAAUCGACUGUUAGUUGCUCUAAGUGGAAAUCACACUGGACAAAGGAAUUUUACAAGCACAGGAAGACAACUGUAUUUACGCUGGUCAACAGAUCAUGCAACCAGCAAGAAAGGAUUCAAAAUCCAGUACACAGCUUCCUAUUGCAGCUUGAACAGUGUCCCUUUGAAUGGCGGAGUGUUGAAUAAGACAGUUGGCGCUCUCAACAGUGUGGUGCAGUUUUAUUGUAAAGCCGGGUAUCGGUUGGUUGGUCGGAGUAAUGCCACCUGUAGGCGGUUUCCAAAUGGCAUGUAUCAGUGGGAUGCUGCAGUCCCACUCUGUCAAGCAAUCAGUUGUGGUAUUCCCAAAACUCCUGGAAAUGGCUCGGUCUUUGGCAGAGAUUAUAGCACGGGCAGCAAGGUCAACUACCGGUGCAGUGAGGGUUUCACACUGGAAUCUAGUCAACAAGCAACAGCUGUUUGCAGAGAAGAUGGAGUAUGGAGUAAUAAUUGGAAGACUCCGCAAUGUAAACCUGUGUCAUGUCCUGCUAUUGAGACUGUACUUUCAAAAGAAGUUAUCAGGAGACUGGUUUAUGGGUCAGUGAAUGAAUAUGGCACCAAAGUCAUGUUGAGCUGUAAACCUGGCUAUUACUUAAGGGGCCACAAGGUCAUACAGUGUCAGGCUAAUGGCACAUGGAGUGGAUCCAACGAAAAAGCGAGUUGCAGAAUUGUCUCAUGUGGAGAUCUCCCUUCCCCACCAAAUGGCAAUAAGAUUGGGACACUACAGACAUAUGGGGCGACUGCAAUCUUUACUUGUAAUACUGGGUACACACUGGCUGGAUCUCAUGUUCGAGAGUGCCAAGUAAAUGGACUGUGGAGUGGAGUGGAAACCAGAUGCCUAGCUGGUCACUGUGGCUCUCCGGAUCCAAUUGUAAAUGGCCAUAUCAGUGGAGAUGGCUUUAGUUAUCGUGACACCGUUGUCUAUCAGUGCAAUCCAGGUUUCCGUCUUGUUGGCUCCUCUGUGAGAAUUUGCCAACAGGACCAUAAGUGGUCAGGCCAGCCAGCAGUCUGUGUUCCAAUCACGUGUGGUCACCCAGGCAACCCAGCUCAUGGCAAAACUAACGGGAGUCAGUUCAAUCUGAAUGAUGUUGUAAACUUUACCUGUAGCAAGGGAUAUUUACUGCAAGGUGCAAUGAGAGCUCAAUGCCGGUCUAAUGGUCAAUGGAGCAGCCCCUUGCCAACUUGUCAAGUGAGGAACUGUUCAGAUCCUGGGCUUGUGGAAAAUGCCGUUCGCCAAGGACAACAGAAUUACCAGCAAAGCUUUAAGUUUGGCAGCAGUGUGGUGUACCAGUGUAAAUGGAGCUUCUACCUCCUUGGCUCAGCCGUGCUUACCUGUCAAGCAAAUGGUCUGUGGGACCGAUCUCUACCAAAUUGCUUACCUAUUUCAUGUGGUCAUCCAGGCAUUCCGGUAAAUGGUGAGCUUUUUGGGGACAAGUUUACCUUUGGUUCAAUAGUUCGCUACUCUUGUGUCGGAGCUCUAACUUUGAUUGGAAAUAAUACUCGUAUUUGCAAAGAGGAUAGUCACUGGAGUGGUUCUCUCCCUCAUUGCUCAGGAGACAGUUCUGGUUUAUGUGGCGAUCCUGGCAUCCCAGCUCAUGGGUCAAGACUAGGUGAUGAGUUCAAGAUAAAAAGUCUACUGCGUUUUAACUGUGAAGCAGGUUAUACUCUCCGAGGAUCUUCAGAACGAUCCUGCAAACCAAAUGGUUCCUGGUCAGGUGUUCACCCAGUUUGUGAAGCUGUAUCAUGUGGAAAUCCUGGCACUCCGGAAAAUGGGAAGAUAAUUUACAGUGAUGGUAUGGUGUUCUCCAGCUUCAUUUCUUAUUCCUGCUGGGAAGGCUAUAAAACGUCUGGUCUAACUACGCGGCAUUGCACUGCUAAUGGAACCUGGACUGGAUCAGCUCCUGACUGCACAGUUAUUGACUGUGGUGACCCAGGUGCCCUUGCUAAUGGUGUCCAUCUGGGAAAUGACUUCACCUAUAAUAAGACCGUAACCUACCAGUGUAACCCAGGCUUUCGGAUGGAACCAGCUAUAUCUUCUACACUGCGCUGCAUGAAGAAUGGCUCUUGGAAUCAGACCAAACCAGUCUGUAAAGCUAUCACUUGCACACAGCCACCGCCAGUUCUUCAUGGAAGAGUGCAGGGAUCAGACUUCAGAUGGGGCUCUAGCAUUAGCUAUACAUGCUCAGAAGGAUAUCAACUUUCCUUGUCUGCUGUUCUGACCUGUGAGGGAAAUGGUAUUUGGAACGGAGAGGUCCCACAGUGCUUACCUGUUUUCUGUGGAGACCCAGGGACUCCAGUGGAGGGUCGAAUUGAAGGAAGAAGUUUCACCUACAAAUCUGAAGUAUAUUUCCGCUGUCGACCUCCAUUUCUGUUAGUUGGAUCCUCGAGAAGAUUUUGCCAGGCUAAUGGAUUCUGGAAUGGAGUUCAGCCAUCUUGUAUUGAUCCAACGCACACUCUAUGUACAGAUCCAGGCACCCCUCAUUUUGGAAUGCAGAACAGUUCCCAAGGUUAUGAGGUUGGAAGCACUGUAUUUUUCAAAUGCCGAAAAGGGUACCAUAUUCAAGGCUCCACAACACGUUCCUGCCUUGCCAAUUUGACUUGGAGUGGUGUACAUCCUGAAUGCAUUCCUCACAGCUGCAGACAGCCAGAAACACCUGCCAAUGUGGACGUGAGAGCGAUUGAACUGCCAACCUUGGGUUAUACCUUAAUUUACACCUGCCAGCCAGGAUUCUACCUUGCCGGAGGAUCAGAACACCGGGCAUGCAAGGCUGAUGGGAAAUGGUCGGGAAAGCCACCAGUCUGUCGAGUUCCCCCAGAUGUAUUUGCUCCAGACUCUAUAUGGAAGGGUUUCUAUGAAUACCUUGGAAAGAAACAACCAGCAACAUUAACUGUUGAUUAUUUUAAUAUUUCCAAUGGCCAAGUAAACGUUACGUUCAUCGAACACAGCAACAUGGAAUUAAAGCUAUCAGGAAUUUAUAAAAAAGAAGAAACCCGGCUUUUCUUAAAGAUCUAUCAGAUCGAAGGACCUAUUGAGAUAUUUAUAAGCAAGUUCAGAAAUGACAACUGGGCUUUGGACGGUCAUGUAUCAGCUGAACCUGAAGGCAGGACCUUUGUUUACCAGGGAUUUGUUCAAGGCAAAGACUUUCGGCAGUUUGGCUUUCAGAGGCAAGGACUAUUGGGAGGAGCACUGGACAGAGAUAAAUCCAAUCAUUACUAUAGCACAAACAGUAGUUCAGUCGCAGCUGCCAUCCUGGUACCUUUCUUUGCGCUCAUCUUAUCAGGAUUUGCCUUUUAUCUCUACAAACACAGAUCAAGACCAAAAGUACAAUACAAUGGCUACGUUGGCCACGAGAACGCAAAUGGACAGGCUUCAUUUGAAAAUCCUAUGUAUGAUACUAACUUAAAGCCUACUGAGGCAAAGGCUGUGCGGUUUGACACAACACUGAACACUGUGUGUACAGUAGUAUAG